UCCGAACUGCCAAUCUGGAGACUGGAGUCCUCUAGCAUAUGCAUAUCCAUUAUUUUGGGGGAACCGAACCGAUUUCCGAAAUAAUUAAAAAAAUUUGUACUUCCGAUUUUUGAUUUCUCUACUUUUUCGCACAAAGAUAGUAACGAGAGAGCAACAACCAACGAUACCUUCCCUUGCUUCACUCCCUCUAUUAUUCGUAUUCGCCUCCCUUUUCCUUCUCUCUCUCAGCGAAACCAAACCAGGAGGCUGUUUUCUGCAUCACCAACAUUGCUGUUGUUAUUCCUGUAGAGUAAAAAUUGGUUAGAAGAGCCAUGCAGAAAGAUAAUAGUUCCAGCACUCCAGCUCCUUCUCGUCUUCGACAUCGUAGACGUUCAAAUGAGGUUAUUCCAGAGGAUAGCAAAGCAAAUGGAAGCCAUUUACUUGUUAAUGAUCAUAAUAAAUACAGGUCAAUGUUGAUCCGUGCAUACUCAUCUAUUUGGAUGAUUGGGGGCUUUGCAUUUAUUGUCUACAUGGGUCAUCUUUACAUAAUGGCCAUGGUGGUGGUUAUUCAAAUAUUUAUGGCUAGAGAGCUGUUCAACCUACUCAGGAAAGCUCAUGAAGAUAAACGUCUCCCAGGAUUUCGGCUGUUAAAUUGGCACUUUUUCUUCACUGCAAUGUUAUUUGUAUAUGGCCGCCUUCUCAGUCAACGGCUUGUCAAUACCAUGACAACAGAGAGAUUUUUAUAUCAGCUUGUGAGCAGCCUUUUCAAGUAUCAUAUGGCUAUCUGUUAUUUCUUAUAUAUUGCAGGAUUUAUGUGGUUCAUUCUUACCUUAAAGAAGAAGAUGUACAAGUAUCAGUUUGGCCAGUACGCAUGGACACACAUGAUACUAAUUGUCGUGUUUACACAGUCCUCCUUCACUGUUGCCAGCAUUUUUGAGGGAAUUUUCUGGUUUCUUCUUCCAGCAACUCUUAUAGUCAUCAAUGAUAUUGCUGCUUAUUUCUUUGGUUUCUUUUUCGGAAGAACUCCUUUAAUCAAGUUAUCUCCAAAGAAAACUUGGGAGGGAUUCAUUGGAGCGUCCGUUACCACUAUCAUCUCUGCAUUUAUGCUUGCAAAUGUCAUGGGCCGUUUUCCAUGGUUAACAUGUCCAAGGAAGGAUUUAUCAACUGGUUGGCUUCACUGUGAUCCGGGCCCAUUAUUUAAACCUCAGCAUUUCACUUUACCAGGAUGGGUUUCUCAAUGGUUUCCUUGGAAAGAGGUCUCGAUUUUGCCAGUUCAAUGGCAUGCUCUCUGUCUUGGCUUGUUUGCAUCUAUAAUAGCACCUUUUGGAGGCUUCUUUGCCAGUGGUUUCAAAAGAGCUUUUAAAAUCAAGGAUUUUGGUGAUAGUAUACCUGGGCAUGGUGGAAUUACAGAUAGAAUGGACUGCCAGAUGGUGAUGGCCGUAUUUGCUUACAUCUAUCAUCAGUCAUUUGUUGUGCAACAAAACCUCUCAGUUGAUACAAUCUUGAACCAGAUAUUGAUGAACCUCACUUUCAAGGAGCAGCAAGCUCUAUACAUAAAGCUUGGGGAGAUCUUGCAGGAGAGGCUUGUGGGAAGGUCUUAGAUAUGCAGGACCCGGGUCUUAUUUGGUGUCCUCUCUCCCCUGCAUGUUACAUGCAUGGUGGCAUGAGGACGAAAGAGAAGAUUAUAUUUGUAUAUGGUGUUGUGUUCUAAUUUCCUAGUGCAGCCCCAUUCAGAUACUUAGUCUGGGUAAUUCUUCAGCUAUCACACUCUGUAUAGUGUAUUUUAGCCAUUUAAUAUAAAUGAGCUCUCAGUGGAGAGUGAAUCUCUCUCUCUCUCUC